GGGCACGGUGGUUCAAGUAGGGAUUCUACGGAGAAGGGGUUUCUCCUUUUUACUCUCUCUAAUCUAUAUCUCCCUAAACCACUCUCUCACUACGACCUUUCAGUGGACGAAAAGCGGUAUUUCCAGGGCGGUUUUCAGUUGUCAUCAUGGUUCGGAAGAGGAGAACUGAACUUCCCGGUGGAAGUGGUGAGAGGUCAGAGACUCAAGAAUCCAGUGCUGGUGGUGGCCGUGGUGCCCAGCGCUCAGUUGAAAGAGCACCAACUCAACAGGGAGCUGGUGGAGGAAGGGGUUGGGCUCCACAAUUUCAGCAGGGGGGGCGAGGUGGAUAUGGUGGAGGAUAUUCCCAAGGACGUGGACCUCAGCCACGAGGUGGGAUGGCACCUCCACAAUAUGGUGGCCAUCCUGAAUAUCAGGGUCGUGGAGGUCAGCCAAGAGGAGUGCCACCACAGCAGGCUGCUGGUGCCAUGCCAGAAGCUUCUGGGAGGCGCCGGGGAGGUGGCAAUGUGGCUGGCAGUCGUGGUGGAGGCCCUUCUUCUGGUGGUUCCAGGCCACCAGUUCCCGAGCUGCACCAAGCAACCCAGGCGCCAUAUCAAGCAAUGGUAAGCCCUCAGCCUGCUCCUUCUUUCGGGCCAGUGGAGUCCUCCCAAAUGGGUUCAUCUUCUGGGGCACCUGAAACAAGUUCGUCAGAGCUGUCACAACAGUUCCACCAACUUGCAAUUCAGCAGGAAGGAGCUUCUCAAGCCAUUCAACCUGUGGCUCCAUCAAGCAAAUCUAUGAGGUUCCCUCCUCGUCCUGGCAAGGGUAGCACUGGGAUCAGAUGCAUUGUCAAAGCAAACCAUUUCUUUGCUGAGCUACCUGACAAAGACCUGCAUCAAUAUGAUGUCUCAAUUACGCCUGAAGUUACUUCAAGGGGUGUGAAUCGAGCUGUGAUGGAGCAGCUGGUGAAGUUGUAUAGGGAUUCUCAUCUUGGAAAGAGACUUCCUGCUUAUGAUGGUCGCAAGAGUCUUUAUACUGCAGGACCACUUCCUUUUACUUCAAAAGAGUUCUCAAUUACUCUGGUGGAUGAGGAUGAUGGCACUGGUGCUCCCAGAAGAGAAAGGCAAUUCAGAGUUGUAAUAAAGUUGGCUGCACGUGCUGAUCUACACCAUUUGGGAUUGUUUUUACAAGGAAAGCAGGCGGAUGCCCCUCAAGAAGCUCUUCAGGUCCUAGACAUUGUUUUACGUGAACUGCCCACCACUAGGUACUCCCCCGUUGGAAGAUCCUUUUAUUCCCCUGAUUUGGGGAGAAGGCAGCCCCUUGGUGAGGGGUUGGAAAGUUGGCGUGGUUUCUACCAGAGUAUUCGACCAACUCAGAUGGGUCUCUCUUUGAAUAUUGAUAUGUCUUCCACUGCCUUCAUUGAGCCACUUCCAGUCAUUGAAUUUGUCACUCAGCUCUUGAACAGGGAGGUUUUAUCUAGAACCUUGUCUGACGCUGAUCGUGUAAAGAUCAAGAAAGCUCUUAGGGGUGUGAAAGUUGAGGUUACUCACAGGGGGAAUAUGCGUAGAAAAUACCGAAUUUCUGGUUUGACUUCCCAGGCAACACGAGAGCUGACUUUCCCAGUCGAUGACAGGGGGACAAUGAAAUCUGUUGUUCAGUAUUUCCAGGAGACCUAUGGCUUUGUCAUUCAGCACACUAACUGGCCGUGCCUACAAGUUGGAAAUCAGCAGAGACCAAACUACUUGCCUAUGGAGGUCUGUAAGAUUGUGGAGGGCCAGAGGUACUCCAAGAGACUGAAUGAGAGGCAGAUUACCGCUCUCCUCAAGGUCACUUGUCAGCGGCCUCAGGAGCGGGAGCAUGAUAUAAUGCAGACUGUUCAUCACAAUGCUUACCAUGAGGACCCUUAUGCAAAAGAAUUUGGCAUUAAAAUCAGUGAGAGGCUUGCUUCAGUUGAAGCACGGAUUUUGCCUGCACCUUGGCUCAAGUAUCACGAUACAGGAAGAGAAAAAGAUUGCCUUCCCCAAGUUGGUCAAUGGAACAUGAUGAAUAAGAAAAUGGUUAAUGGUGGAACAGUCAACAACUGGAUAUGCAUAAACUUUUCCAGGAAUGUGCAAGAAAGUGUUGCUCGAGGAUUUUGUCAUGAACUUGCUCAGAUGUGCCACGUCUCUGGCAUGGCCUUCAAUCCUGAACCAAUACUUCCACCCUACAGUGCACGCCCUGAUCAGGUUGAGAGAGCUUUAAAGACACGAUACCAUGAUGCAAUGGCCAAGCUCCAACCACAGGGGAAAGAACUUGACCUUCUUAUAGUUAUUUUGCCAGAUAAUAAUGGUUCUUUAUAUGGUGAUUUGAAGCGCAUAUGUGAGACUGAUCUUGGCAUUGUUUCCCAGUGUUGCUUGACUAAACAUGUAUUUAGGAUGAGUAAGCAAUAUCUGGCAAACGUGGCCUUGAAGGUUAAUGUGAAAGUUGGUGGAAGAAAUACGGUGCUUGUUGAUGCACUGUCCAGGCGAAUUCCUUUAGUCAGUGACCGGCCAACCAUCAUCUUUGGUGCAGAUGUGACACAUCCCCAUCCCGGGGAAGAUUCAAGUCCAUCUAUUGCAGCUGUUGUUGCGUCACAAGAUUGGCCUGAAGUGACAAAAUAUGCUGGAUUGGUUUGUGCUCAAGCCCAUAGACAGGAGCUUAUUCAAGAUCUGUAUAAAGUAUGGCAAGACCCUGUUCGAGGAACAGUGACUGGUGGUAUGAUCAAGGAACUUCUUAUAUCUUUCCGGCGUGCAACUGGUCAAAAGCCUCAACGAAUCAUCUUUUACAGGGAUGGUGUCAGUGAAGGCCAAUUUUAUCAAGUCUUGCUAUAUGAAUUGGAUGCAAUCCGGAAGGCGUGUGCUUCUCUUGAGCCAAAUUAUCAGCCUCCUGUGACUUUUGUGGUGGUGCAAAAGCGCCAUCACACAAGAUUGUUCGCAAAUAAUCAUAAUGAUCGCCAUUCUAUUGAUAGGAGUGGUAACAUUUUGCCUGGGACUGUUGUGGACUCGAAGAUUUGCCAUCCCACUGAAUUUGAUUUUUAUCUAUGUAGUCAUGCUGGUAUCCAGGGCACAAGUAGACCAGCUCAUUACCAUGUACUCUGGGAUGAAAACAAGUUCACAGCUGAUGGGCUCCAGUCACUUACAAACAACCUCUGCUACACAUACGCAAGGUGCACACGUUCCGUCUCAAUAGUGCCUCCUGCCUAUUAUGCACAUCUAGCUGCUUUCCGAGCUCGUUUCUACAUGGAACCAGAGACUUCGGACAGUGGGUCACUGACGAGUGGAGCAGCUGGUCGCGGUGCAGGAGCUGGAAGUGGAGGUGCACGCAGCACCCGAGUUCCGGGCGCGAAUGCUGCUGUGAGGCCUCUUCCUGCUUUGAGGGACAAUGUCAAAAGAGUUAUGUUUUACUGCUAGAUGAGGUGGACAAACUAGCUAUCUCUAGACUACUAUAUUUUAUGUUUAUCCUAAUGUUGUUAGCAGGCACUUUCAGCGACCAUUUUGUGGAUCAAAACUUGAAUGUUCUACUUGUACCACGGGUUGGACAUAGAUUGUUGAACUCAUUUGCUCUGUUGUUUUGUUGUUGACAAUUGUGGGUUGAUUUGAUUUGUUGGGCACUUCAUGUGCUUGUUCAGAAUUUGAAGCGUCUUUCUUUUAUUUCGA